AGAAGCCAAUGUCUGUGUGUUCCCCAGCUAAAGAGUUCAGGUCAUACUAUCAAGGCUUUAGAAAUAGCAGCAAGGUGGAGCCGGACACAUGUACCGGCUUCAUGGGCUUAAAGGAUGAAUUCGGGCACAGCUUCGGACACCUUUACGCAGACAGCAGUAAUUCCGCUUUAAGUGCAAUUGUACCGUGGACUAUCCUGCGGAAACCCACCAUGGAUAAAAUCAAUUCCAGAAAGGACGAUUUGGACAAAGAUAACUCAGAGGAAACCUGCAGCACCAGUGGUGACUCUGAAGAAAGCACAAAUUCUGACAACGACUUGGAGUUGUCAGGAAGACUCAUAGUCGAACCUUGUCAGGUAACCAAGCCACAUAGACAGCUCUGUCGCUCUCCUUGCAUUGAGCCAUACAUUCUAAAAAGGAAUGAGAUUCUUCAGGACCUAAAAAAUGAGGAUGAUCUAAUGGGAGCUAAGGAGAUCAAGAAGCCACCUGACGAGUCAAAGGAUUACCAAAUGAAACUGGACUUUGCACUUAAACUAGGAUACUCAGAAGAACAAGUCCUUCUUGUUCUCAACAAGCUGGGUACUAAUGCUUUAAUCAAUGACAUUUUAGGGGAACUUGUCAAGCUUGGCAGCAAAAGUGAAAGCGAGCAAAAUGGAAGUGUUAACACAAAUGUGCGAGAACCAUCAUCCUUUGAGUCUCAAAGAUCGGAAUCUCCUUUUCACCAGGAGGGAAUAGAUGAUAGUGAUAACCUAAAGCCCAUUGUUAUUGAUGGGAGCAAUGUUGCCAUGAGUCAUGGUAAUAAAGAAGUGUUUUCUUGCCACGGGAUCAAGCUAGCUGUCUCCUGGUUCUUGGAUAGAGGACAUAAGAAUGUCACCGUAUUUGUUCCAGCCUGGAGGAAAGAACAGUCCCGACCUGAUGCCCUCAUUACUGAUCAAGAAAUCCUGCGCAAGUUAGAGAAGGACAAGAUCCUGGUGUUUACUCCAUCCCGCCGAGUCCAGGGCAGAAGGGUAGUGUGCUACGAUGAUCGCUUCAUAGUGAAGCUGGCGUUCGAAUCAGAUGGCAUUAUUGUAUCUAACGACAACUAUCGGGAUCUGGCCAACGAGAAGCCUGAAUGGAAGAAAUUCAUUGACGAAAGGUUGCUAAUGUAUUCAUUUGUCAACGACAAAUUUAUGCCUCCUGAUGAUCCACUAGGCCGACAUGGACCAAGCCUGGAUAAUUUUUUGAGGAAGAAGCCUGUUCUCCCUGAAUACAAGAAGCAGCCAUGCCCAUAUGGAAAGAAAUGUACCUAUGGUCAUAAAUGCAAGUAUUAUCACCCCGAAAGGGGCAAUCAGCCCCAAAGGUCCGUAGCUGAUGAACUUCGUGCCAUGUCUCGGAACAACAUAGCCAAAACCGCUGGUGAAAUUGGACUGGUGAAGAGCAACAGUGUGCCUUCAAAUACAAAGAUUGACAUCGGCUCAGAUGUAAAGCGCUCAACUCCAAAGAGGCAAUCAGACCCGAGUAUAAGAACUCAGGCUUAUGACAUGGAGGAGAAGCUCCCCACCAAAAACAAGUUGGAAACUAGGUCUGUGCCAUCUUUAGUUAGUAUAUCAAGUGUGAAACCCCAAAGUAUGACUCCGUUAAGAAACGGAGCUCUUGCCAAUGUACAUUUACCAUCUCAGGACCAACUACCACCUGGACUCUACUCUCCGAUGAUACUGGCAACAAAGAAUCAUGGGACAUUCCCAUGUGACCAAUACCCUAAAUGUGAAUCCCCUGUGGAUACUGGAUAUUAUUCGAAGAUGAAUGUGUAUUCAAAUCUCUGCAUCUCUGGAAAUCGGAGUCCGGAACGUCGUUUCUCAUUGGAUACAGAUUACCGGAUAGGUUUUGUGGCUUCUGACUGCAGCAGCGAAGGUAGCUUGAGUUGUGGGAGCAGUGAUUCCUACUCGGGUUAUAAUGACCGAUCAUAUGUCAGCUCCCCUGACCCUCAGCUGGAGGAAAACCUAAAAUGUCAACAUAUUCACACGCACAGCCGAACAAAUUCCCAAGCAUUCCAGGGCUACCAUGACCCCUUGAUAAGAGUCCAAAGUUAUGGUCAUGAGCCAGAACCAAAGCACCACCACAAGCCUCCACCACCGUACAUGCCAUUACCUCCCUUGCAUCAUGCCGUUGCAGCACGUUCAAGCUGCCCAAAUGAUUACCACAUUGCCCCGAAUUCCCCUAUGUCAAAGAGUGGAAUUAUGGGUAGAUCACUGGUUUCUACAAGGAUGGAGAGUAUUUCUGAUUCCCGCUUGUAUGAAAGCCCUCCUCAACGGCAGCACAAGUUAUACAUUAGCCAAGAAAGCCCAAGGAACGGCGACCGGGUAAAUUAUGCUGUGGAUGCUUAUGGUUAUCGUCCCAGUUACCCAGUGCCGGGCAACCCAUCACAGCCAUGUUAUGAGCAGUUUGCUUUCCAGAGCGCAUUGGAAAACCAAGACCCUUCUUGGAGGGUUCCAUACUGCGGCAUCCCCCAAGAACUUCCAAGAAUUUCAAACACCAGAGAAAAGAUCUUUGUGAACUUGUGUAACAUCUUCCCGGCAGAACUUGUGCGCAUCGUGAUGAAAAGGAAUCCGCAUGUCGCCGACGCCCAGCAGCUCGCAGCAGCCAUUUUGAUGGAAAAAUCCCAGUGUGGAUAUUGAAGAUAAUAACAAACAAAAAAAACUAUACACCUUUUGCGGUGUGAAGUUUAUUUCUUUUGUUCAGCUAUUGCUGAAGGAGGUUUGCUACAAUAGCAUUUGUAAUCUCCUUCUCAGGGGGUUAUAUAGUAAUUCAUUUAUGUUAAUUAUAGAGCCAUGCAUCUUCUGUGGUCACACACUCGAGUCUUAUUUGUGCUCAAGAUUUGUAUUGAGGAACGAAGGCUCAGUUACAGCACAGGGUUAUAAUAGCUUCGUAUGAAAAGCAAGGGUUAUUUUCCUUUAAUUGUUUUUGUAACUGCUUUGGUAAAUCGCAUAACCCUCAGCCUUUGUAAAACGGCUAAUUAAUUUUAUAAAGCAUAGAUAUUUAUUUAUAUUUUGAUAUUUUGGUGCAUCAGAGGGGUUUCCAGGGACGCACUUUUUAUUCCUCUGAUCAUUCCCUAACAACAAACCAGCUUAAAGGACCAGUCCCUUUUAAAGACCAAUAAUGUUAAACUACUGAUCAUAAAUUCACAUGUUACCAUAUUGUGACUUAAAGCUGA